AUGGAAAUCUCAUUUAAGGGGAAGAGAAUACUCGUUACCGGUGCUGGCCAAGGUAUUGGCCGGGGCAUCGCCGUGGAGCUAUGGCGUGCUGGAGCAAAUAUAGUUGCAUUAUCUCGAACAAGAUCUCAUUUGGAGUCGCUUCAGAUUGAAUAUCCCUCAAUAGAUAUUGUGGACGUCGAUAUUGAGGACUGGGACAAAACGCGUGAAGUGGUCGAGUCCCUUGGUCACUUUGAUGCAUUAGUAAACAACGCCGCGGUAGCUGUUUGCGAGCCUUUUCUCGAUUGUUCACCUUCAGACUUUGAUAAAAUGUUUAAUGUUAAUGUAAAAGCAGUUCUUAAUAUUAGUCAAGUGGUAGCAAGGAAGAUGGUAGAAAACAAAACUCAUGGUGCCAUUGUCAACAUAUCAUCACAGGCUUCAAAGGCUGCAUUGAAAGACCAUGCUAUUUACUGUGCAUCUAAAGCAGCUUUGGAUGCUCUUACUCGUUCCAUGGCUCUUGAGCUGGGACCUUACGGUAUUAGAGUGAAUACAGUUAACCCUACUGUCAUAAUGACAGAAAUGGCCAAAGUGGGAUGGUCAGAUCCAGACAAAGCUAAAGAAAUGCUUUCUAAAAUUCCUUUGGGAAGGUUUGGUGAAGUUUCUGAAGUGGUGAAUGCUGUAGUUUUUCUCUUGAGUGAAAGAUCUAGUAUGAUCAACGGAGUCCAGCUGCCUAUUGAUGGGGGUUUCCUUGCCACAUAA